AUGGGACCGGAUAGGGGGUGGCCCGGCACUAAUGGCGCUACAGAGGAGCGGGGAGGACAUCUUCACGGUUCAGCAUACCGACCAGGACCGGACGUCUGGAGUGCAGCCAUGUCUAACCUGUCCAUGAAAAGGGUGCGAGUGGAUACUGAUGGCGAUGCGGCAAUCCUCUCCAAGUCUUCGGACGAUUACCGGAAAAUGACAGCGAGGACCUGUGGCACGGAAUGGUCCAAGGGGGGGGGUUGGUUCCAGCGGCUCGAGGCAAUAUCACGUAGGAUCGGAAGCGUCAGUCACUAUCGGGGAGACAAUCGCCAAAGUCACAGAGCAGACGCCAUCUCACAGCUCCUUGGGUACGAAGAAGAGCGCUCGCUGGUGACGCUGAAACAGAUUGGGAAGACCAUCGUUCUGAGUGGUAGCGAUAGGAUGGGCCGCGAAGUCGUCGAUCAGUUGUAUCACGAUGGUCAACCUCUGGACAACGGUAUGCAUUAUGUCGUUGAAGGCAUGAGUGAGGAUGAGACGGACAAGACGCGCAGUGAUCAGGAGUCCGUUGACGAAGUAAAUGAGUUGUUGGAACUUGGACGGAACCACGAUAUGUAUGAGACGUUGGACCAGCUCUUGGAGAAGCCGGGCGUAGGAGUGGUUGAUGAGAGGUUUCAAGGGUCUGAAAUGGACGUUGAGACCAUGGAAAGGACAACGCCGGUGAAGCAGGCUCGCAAGAGUCAAAAGCUAGGUUACGUCGAGAUAUGUGCCAAGGUUGCGGAUGUGGGAACUCUCAGUGUCCUGUACGUAUUUCCGGAGUUCUUUGAUCCCCCUUUGGAUCAGACGUUCAGUCACCAGUACCUCUUGGACCUGCUCGAGGUUAUACCGGACGGGUCCAAGACAAAGGUAAGUAUUGAAGCCUGGCUUCUACCUUCAGACCUCGAUGACUUCGACGUCGCAUAUUCUUUCCUUGAGUGA